GCAUUCAAUUGGAUGCACAAAAGCGGUUGAAUAAAACCCGAGUCGAGAAGAACUUCAAGGUUUCCAAAGCUGUGCUCGAUUUAGAGACAUUUGAUGACGAUCAGGAUGGUUGUGCUUCCAUUUGGGUAGCAGCUGAUGGCAAACAUACAUUGUUGGCCAACUUAAGCCGAAACAUACCACAAACUACCAUUGACGUUGCUUUUGGAAAAGGCCAGACGGUCGAAUUUUACAUGCGUGCGACGUUUGAAUCAACAGCAUACCUGAGUGGCUACUACGUACUUGAUGACGAAAACUCAAGCGAUGAGAGUUCUGAUGAAAAAAGCCAACCAGAAUUCCCAAACAUCAAACUGCCAAAAUUUCCACAGUACCAGUCCAACGAGCAUCAAUUGUUGCAUAUGUCUCCUUCGAUUCGUCAAGGUGGUCAUGUCAAAACGCCUCAAAACGCUUAUGCAGGUUAUCACUCGGACAUGAAAAUGGAUGUUUCACCAAAGUUCAAUGCAUACAAAGGCAAAGGUGACAUGGGCCAAGCUCCGACUAUUCCCAGAACCCCACGCAAGACCGCAUUAGCUGCAUCGAAGCUAUUGAACGAUUUGAAAGAUACGGAUGAAACUGGCGAUAUCGAGAACGACGAUUUCAUCUCUGCAAAAAAGCCGAAAUUCAGUGCUACUCAGGGACCACAAGAACUGCCAGGGGGUGUGAUCAUUGAAGAUACUUUAGAUGGAACAGGCACCAUUGUGGAAAAAAACAGCACCGUGAAAUUCAAAUACACAGUACGUCCAGCAAAAGGUAAUGCUCGUUCACAGCCAAUGGAAAUGGAAUUGACCCUUGGAAAGCGCAAAUCGCUGUUAUGUUGGAAUAUCGGUAUACCAGGAAUGAAAGUUGGUGGUAUUCGCCAAAUCACCAGCCCGUCAUCCCAUGCCUAUGGACAUAAAGGUAUUGUACCAUUCAUUGGCGGAGAUGAGGACGUGGUUUUUGUGAUUCAACUUUUUAGUUCCAAAUAG